AUGCGUACGUCUACCUUUCUUGGUGUUUUAUCUUUUUUCGCCGUGGGCAUUACGGCUAUUCCCAUCGGUUGCGAUUCUUCCGCUAUUGAGCGACGUGGGGACAGUUCCCGCACAAUAUUCCAGCUCCCCGAAAAAGGUGGGGAGGAGACAGAGCACACAUUUUUACCACUUAAUUCACAUUGCGCACAAUGCGGUGACCAGCUUAUUUUUGUGGGCACUAUGAGAAAUCAUCAGGAUAGGAGACCGAAAUGUAAGGGCAAGGGGUACUAUGUUAAGAAGCCCUCUGAAUAA